AGUUACCCAUACUGUCAUAAAGCUACUCAGAACAGGUGUGUGACAGACGCAACAUAAAUAACUGGCUGCAGUGAUUUGUUAGUCUCUUUUACUACACCGGAGGGAACAAACUGUACAUGCAACAGCUUGUUUUCUGAUCAUCAGGGCAAUGAUAUAAGAUCCAACCUUACUCUCUCAAUGGAAACACAGGCACACAUGGAAAUGGCACACAGAGAGAUCCGAGAGGAGAGAACAAAAGAGCCGGUGGAGGAGAUGACAGAGGAACAAUUCCUUAAAGAUCUCCACCUGUUCAUGAAGAAGAACGAUACACCCAUAGAAAGAAUCCCAAAUCUGGGCUUCAAACAAAUUGAUCUAUUUGUGAUGUACAAGGCUGUCAGAGACUUGGGUGGCUACCACCAGGUGACUGCUCAGCAGCUGUGGAAACAAGUGUACAACACGCUGGGAGGAAACCCUCGAAGCACAAGUGCAGCCACUUGCACCCGCAGACACUACGAGAAGCUGAUUCUGCCAUACGAAUGUCACGUGACGGGCACAUUGGUGAACGUGUUGCCUCGUAAUCAACCAAAGCACUUCCUCUUUGCCAACUACAGCAAAAAUCAUCUUGCCUGCCAGAGGCCAGCUAAACGCAAACUGUCCUCAAUAUAUCUGUACCAGAACCCUCAUAACCUCCAGCCAGACCCACACGAGAGUGUCUUCCCUCUGCAGCCCCAUUACCCUCAGUAUUAUCAACCCAGCCAUCCAGUUCUGCCCCCCAAUGUCCCUAUCUACUCCUCGACGUUAACACCACAUAGCCCCCCUGCCCUGAAGCCCUGGGUUCCUUUUUCUCCAUCUCGUCUAGACCUAACAGACAGGGUUAAGGAGCCAUUGGAGCAGCUACGCUUCCUGGCAGAACGGUACAAGACAACAUCUGGAUUGACUGAGCCUCUGAACCUUAGCGUUAAUAAAGCCUCAGGGCGGGAAACCGACAGCAGCCCCGCCUCAUCGUUCACCCCACCUUCAUCCAGCAAGAACCCAAAGUUCUUGAACAAACCCUCCCCUUUGUACAGUCCUCAUCGUCCGCAGGUGGUGAGAAAUGACGGAUGUGAGACGGAAGAUGGUGAAGCAGAUUUAGGAGACACACCAUAUUCAUAUCCUGCGAAUGCCAGAGAGGCAUAUGCCGGCGAUGUCAAAGCUUUAACAGCGUCAAUCAGCCCCACAUAUGAGUCUGCUCCGACACUGAGAACAGACGAAGGUGCCCCCACAAUGGCACAAAAACCCAGCUCUCCGAAGACAGACUUAACAAUCCUGCCAAAAGAAGAGAGGGAGGGGAGUCCAGAAGUAAUUGAGCUCAAUCUGAGUCACAUACUGCCCGGCAUCCCUCAACAGAACGGAGGCAAGAUGGAAAUUGAGGUGCCGCUGUCUGUGUUCCAUGACUGGCUCAGGCUGUGUGGAUCCUCAGCCUCGAAGCAUGGAGCUAAGCAGCUACCUCCUCUUCCUCCUCAGGAAGGACUCUCCGGACAAAGAAAGUAUUCGGACACAGAAGUCCUCCCGACUAACCUGACAUUUCAAAUGAAUCCCCAACACCCAAGCUUAGCCGCUGAGGAUCUUAGGCUGUGGCGAAGUAAUUUGCCAAAUCCCAUACAAACCACCCAGACUACCAGUUAUCACUUUAACACAAACCAAAACCAUUUCACCGCCUACAAGCCUUAGUCUUCAGGUGGUGUUCUGAAAUGUGCAGCCAGGGGGAUGGCUAUCCAUUUGAUCCGCAGGGAAUUAAGAGGUGAUACAGCUCAAAACCUCCAAUUUGCUGGGAUGCCUUCAAAGUGACCCAGGACACCAUCCAAAUCAAUAUGGACUCUAGUCCCCGCACAGUUCAGCAAGAGUUUACAGCCUCUGUGUCCUACAAUGGAAACACAUUGCAGAGAGGGAAGAGAAGUUGGACAUGGGCCCUUCAGCUGCGCUAAUGUGGAAUUCCAGCUCGUCUUCUCUGCUGCACCUCACCCAUGAAGAGGAUAUGAAGCUGAAGAAAAUCAGCUCAAACUCAUCAUGAAGAUCAGUCAGAUCAUUACACUGACAGUCCGACACCACAUUAAAGCUUUACCACGUUA